UGUAUACUAAAAUAUAUACAGCAAGAUAGGUUGAUGUGACGAAACCGAUACGAAACUAAAUUUACAAUUGACUCUGCACGUAAUGUUGUUGUUUUGAUCUAGCUGUCAGUCUCAUUUUGCCAAGGGAACAACCUUGUUACAACUCGGCUGAGUAAGAUUGAUGGUAUAAUUAAGAGGAAUGUCUCGUGACAGCAGCGAGGGAGAGCCUCUUGCAGACUGGGCCCUUGUCUCUAGUGAAGGGAACAUUGAGGCAGAGGAGGCUUCGAGUGGUAGUUCAAGUGAUGAGUUUGUCAAUGUCACUCAUCAGGGGGUGGUCGUCUUUGGUAGACACCGAUCUCCUUCUGUAGAGACUGACUCACAGCCUAAGAGCAUGGCUUCAUUAGAGAUGUCGGCCCUGCUACGGAGCUCCCUAGAUGAGAUAGAUCAGAGUGGGGCUAUGGAGGACAUUUGGCCUCUAGCUGACAGUGCAAGGGAGGAGACGGGAGAUCCAGGUCACAGGGAAGGUCUUCUUGGUGCCUCUCUGACAGCCAGUGCAGCCUCCACUGGAGAUGAGUCUACUGACAUUAUAUCAGAGGAUGAAAAGGAUGACAAGGGAGAGAAUGCAGAGCCUUCUCAUGAUGUAGUGUUGCCGUCCAGCAUCAAUAUAUCAUCUUCCCUGUCUUCCCUGUCUCAAGUCCCAGGACUUACUGCCUCUGCUGACACUUCUCAUCUGAGUGCUGAUGAUGGUGCUGAAGCCUCUGAUGAUGGGGUAAUUUCUCUGUCCACCGGUUCCAUGAAGAGUUCCGGGUGUGAGAGAAUGAGUUACCAACACUCCGGGGCUGAAGCUGGUGUAGAGGUGGAUCCAGAUACUGAGAUUCUUGAAGCUGAUCAAUCUCCUUGCUUCCCCAUGCUCUCAGGUUUCGGGACCACAGAUGCUGAUGAUGUUGCAUCUCCUGUUGCUGGAGGACAGCACAGUGAAGAAGGUGCUGAGAGUGGGGAUGAGGGAGCUGGUGGAGAAGAUAAAGAGUGGCUCAAGUAUCCAUUGGAGAACUCAUCAGAUGAAAGGUGCCAUACUAUCAGAUUGGGUGAUGGGCGUGUGAUAGUAGCACCACCUGGUGCUGACCUAGCAAGUUUGGCAGCCGAUCUGGAUCUAGUCAACAAAUCUGACACAUCCAGUGACACUAGUGAUUCAGAUUUUGUCCGUCUUGAUGCCCUGUCAUCUUGUUCAUCAUCUAAUGAAAAUUCUGAUACGGAAGGAGAUGAGGUGUUCAGGGAAGAGUUAUCUGCCCCAAGUGCAGCAGAAAUGCAAGCAGCAGCCACAACUAUAGACGUCAUGGCAGAGUCUGUGUCAUCAGUGAGUUCAGGGUUCCGUUUCCUGCCUCAACAGAUCCAACCAGUCCAAGAUGUGCAGGAUCCACCAAUGCUGCACCCCAAUGUGCUACACCCCCUGAUGCAGGAUCCACCCAUUAUGGACCCCCAUAUGCAGGAUCCACCAAUGCUGGAUGCCCAUGUGCUGGACCCCCCUGUGCAGGAUCCACCAAUGCGUGAUGCCCAUGUGCUGGACCCCCAUAUGCAGGAUCCAUCCAUGUUGGAUGCCCAUGUGCUGGACCCCCAUAUGCAGGAUCCACCCAUGCUGGAUGCCCAUGUGCUGGACCCCCAUAUGCAGGAUCCAACCAUGCUGGAUGCCCAUGUGCUGGACCCCCAUAUGCAGGAUCCACCCAUGCUGGAUGCCCAUGUGCUGGACCCCCAUAUGCAGGAUCCACCCAUGCUGGAUGCCCAUGUGCUGGACCCCCAUAUGCAGGAUCCACCCAUGCUGGAUGCCCAUGUGCUGGACCCCCAUAUGCAGGAUCCACCCAUGCUGGAUGCCCAUGUGCUGGUCCCCCAUAUGCAGGAUCCACCCAUGCUGGACCCCCCUGUGCAGGAUCCACCAAUGGUGGCCCCGCCUGUGCUUGUCCUGCCAGUUGAUGACCCCCCUAUGGUUGUAGCACCUGCUGCUGAAGAAGAUGAUGAUGAUGAUGACAAUGGUGAUGGUGAUACCGAGUCGGUGACAGGAAAUAGCGUGGAUGACCGUGUUGAAAGUGAUCAAAGCGAUCAAAACUCUGUGCACCAAAAUGAGGAUGAGGACCAGCCUUUUGAUGAUAUCGGGGAUAUCCCAUUGGAUGCUGGCAAUGUUGCAAGGCAGUACAUCCACAAGCCCAACAAGAGUCUCAACUGGACUCUGGAUGUCAUAGUCAUCAUGGUGGUUCUUCUGGCGAUCGGCAUCGGGAUUGGACACUCAAUAGGUUCAGUGAGAGAGCAUUUCCUUCAGCAUGAGAUGAACUUGGCCCAGGAGAGUCGACUGUCUGUCCUCAAGGGGGACCUGUUCCAGUGUCACCAAAAGAAGAGGUACAUCGAGGACAGGAGACAGGAGGAGUGGGAACAGAGACUUUGGAUAGUUGCCAAGCAGGAGAAAACCAACAGUCAAUUGAGAGAUCAGCUGGCCAUCUUGGAGAAGGAGAUGAUCACCAAGAUAUCAACUCUAGAGCAGAGUGAAGAGAUUAAGAAAGAUCUAAGACAAACCAGUAUUGAUCUGAGGAAUGAGGUGAACCAACUGCAGCAUGACAACGCUGAGUUGACAUCUAGACUUGCUGCCAUGCAGUACAAAACUGUCCUGCCAGAUCACAAGGCCAAGGAGAGUGAGAGGGUCAUUGAGGAGUUGAAGACUAGAGCUGUCCUUCUGGAAGUUGAAAAUGAUGAUCUGAAGGCUGAGAUUCAACGUCUGCGUAAUCUCCUUCAUGCUAGUAAUGGUGCUCACCUGACCGUCAGUGUGGAAGAUGAUGGCUACGAGUCGAUGGAAGAAGUAACUGAAGUCACAACAGCAUCUUGUCUCACUGAAGGUCAUGGGCAUGUGACGGAUCUGAAGGCGCGUAUCAACUUGUUGGAGCAGGAGAAUGCAGACAUGAGAGCUGAGAUAGGUCGGCUGCGGUACAAGUCACACCCUGGGAACGUGCACAGCAAGGUGCAGGAGGUGCAAGAUGUGACUGAAGACCAUGACUGGAUUGUACAGCCAACACAAGAUGACAUCAGUGAAAAGGCUCCUGAGCUGCCCAUGUCUGAGGAAGAGAUCCAGCAGCUGAGGGCGGAGUUAUCCUGGUCUCAAAAACAGGCUGACAACUGGCAGAGACUGUACCUCAACUUGAAGGAAACACAUGCUCGCACCACAUGUAACAUCUCCAUCAACUUCCUCACAUGCAUGAGAAUCUUCACCCAACAGCUGAACAACUCCAUCAACACCACAUCCAUCAAGGAGUUCCUCAAUGUAACUAAACUGAUGCUGUCAGUGGAAGAUGUCAAGGAAGCAUUUAUGACUGAGUUUCAGAACAUCUGGAGAGAGUUUUCUGGGUCCAGGAAUCCAGAAGAUGAGGGCAGAAGUAAAGAGGGCCCCCAGAAUGCCCAAAAGAAGUGGUCAGACAGUGUAAAGGAUAUCCUCAAUCGGACUCAGAGCUCCAUGUCAAACAUGAGCCAACAAAUAAAGGAAACCUGGAAUCAAGUGAAGAAUUUGUCUGAAGAACUGUGGAAGAAACAUGAGCCUGCUUUGUCCAAGGUUGCAAGUAAGAUUACAGAGAGAGUCAGGAAGUUCAGUGAUCAUGUUCACGAUAAGAUCAAACAGAAGACAACCAGGUGGUUCAACAAGCAGAAGAAGAGAGAAAGGAAUGAAGCAAACAAAAACUCAAAAAGAUGGCAUGAAUCACAAGAUGGAGAGAGACAUGGAUCAAAGAGGGGUCAGAAGAAGAGAGAGUCUGGCAAGUGGCAUCAAUCUCAGAAAAGACGUGGACAGCAAAACCUGCAAGACCAGGUCACACCAAGGAAGAGGCAUCAGGAAACAGUGGAGGAAAAUGGUAAAAUGUCCAAGAAAGGACACAAGAGACAGGAGACCAAUGUCUUAAGGCACAGGAUGAGGAAGCAGUUCAAGCAGCUCAAAACAAUGAUGCAGCAGAUGAGUGAGGAGAGGCAUCUGGAAAUGACUCCGGGUAAUCUCCAAGAUAUAUGUGACUUCUUCAUCCGUUUUCAGACCGACUGGGAUAUAUACAAGUGGCUUGAGAGGUCUGAUGUACAAUGGAUCAUUUGUCAAUCGGCCUGGUGGCAUGACCGUCUCCAUAGUUUGAUUCCGUCCCGCAAUCCUGUCUGCAAGGGGAACAUCUACGGAUGGCAGUUUGAGUGGGGUCCGUCCAGCAACAGAAAAGGCACGUUUAGGACAAAGCAAGGGAAAUCAGAGCAUGGGAAGAAACCUAAGAAGAAGAUACUGGAGAGAAAUCUUGCAGCAGGCCAGCCUUACAGCUACGAAAAGGAGAAGAGGAUUGUGGAGGAGGAGUCUCAUAAUGAGACAGAAUGGUAUGAACAGAGGGCCAGGGACAGGGAAGAGAUGAGAAAGGAGUGGAGGCAGAAGAGACAAAAGGCGUUAGAUGGAGAUUGGUAUGAUGUCAUGAUGAAAAAUAGAUGGCAACAGAGGGAGGCUGAGCACAAGUCGGACUGGAUAUUUGACAGGGCAGCAGACCGGGAAGAAGAGAGGUCAGAGGACAAGUAUAUUCCUUCUCAAACAUUUGCAGAGCCAAUGCAUCACAGUGGCCAACCUGAUCCCAGAACUGCUUGGCUGUUUGUCCGAGCUGAGGAACAAGACUAUCACCACACUGAACCCAACUCCUGGUAUUUUCAAAGAGCAAAAGGGAGACGUCAGGGUAAACACAAUGAUUAUUAUUAUAAUGAUGAUGAUGAUGAUGAUGUUUAUGAUUAUUCUCAUGAUGAUAGAUACGGAGAUUAUGAUCCCCGAAAUGAUCUUUGAUGACAUCUUGUAGUAGAGAUAAUGCAUUUGGAUAUUGUGAACAUGGUACUACCUACAGAUUUCUGUUUGUGGUAGCCAUGAAAAGCAACAAAGUGAUAACGAAAUGAGAUUGUGAUACGUAAGUUGGGAGGCUGUAAUUUUGCUUUCAAUUGAUUAUUUAAGCUCACAGACAAUUGUUAAGACGUGAUAAGCUUCAUAUAUAUUAUGUUAAUUUCUUUAACUCACCAUGCUUAUUAUAUAAAAAUUGAUUUUAUAUAAAUAAGGGUUUGUUUAUUAUAUCCAUUUGCUUAAAUCUGUCUUAAAGUCUGGAUUUGUCAAGUAUGAUUCUGUUUGUUUUUUAGAGUAUUUCAUGGAGUUCAGUAUGUCCGAUUUUGAUGUGUUUCAAGUACCAGAGAUUCUUUUGAUCUGAUGGACUAGAUAUGAUAUUUAGCUUGUGAUAUUGAUGCUUUCAUUACUGAAAGAAGCAAUUGAAAUUGUUGUAUUUUACAAGAGAACAUAAGAACUUAUUAAAUGUGUAUUGAUGGUGUGCUUAUUGAUAUUGUGUUUCUUUUGUGCUUCUGGAUUAAAAUAUGUUGGAAAAUCUAAUGAUUGAUGAGGUUAUAGUGCCCAAGUGAAGAUGUAUAGUCCAAAUGUUACCGCCCGAUGUGUGACAGUAUGCAUGGAACAAGAGCUGCCCCAACCCUAGCGUGACAGUAUGCAUGGUACAAGAGCUGCCCCAACCCUAGUGUGACAGUAUGCAUUCUAUAGUUGUUGCUCUAACCCGAGUGUGACAGUAUGCAUGGUACAAGAGUUGCCCCAACCCUAGUGUGACAGUAUGCAUUCUAUAGUUGUUGCUCCAACCCUAGUGUGACAGUAUGCAUGGUACAAGAGCUGCCCCAACCCUAGUGUGACAGUAUGCAUUCUAUAGUUGUUGCUCCAACCCUAGUGUGACAGUAUGCAUGGUACAAGAGCUGCCCCAACCCUAGUGUGACAGUAUGCAUUCUAUAGUUGUUGCUCCAACCCUAGUGUGACAGUAUGCAUUCGAUAGUUGUUGCUCCAACCCUAGUGUGACAGUAUGCAUUCGAUAGUUGUUGCCCCAACCCUAGUGUGACAGUAUGCAUUCGAUAGUUGUUGCUCCAACCCUAGUGUGACAGUAUGCAUUCGAUAGUUGUUGCUCCAACCCUAGUGUGACAGUAUGCAUGGAACAAGAGCUGCCCCAACCCUAGUGUGACAGUAAGCAUUCUAUAGUUGUUGCUCCAACCCUAGUGUGACAGUAUGCAUGGAACAAGAGCUGCCCCAACCCUAGUGUGACAGUAUGCAUGGAACAAGAGCUGCCCCAACCCUAGUGUGACUGUAUGCAUUCUAUAGUUGUUGCUCCAACCCUAGUGUGACAGUAUGCAUAGUACAAGAGCUGCCCCAACCCUAGUGUGACAGUAUGCAUGGAACAAGAGUUGCCCAAACCCGAGUCUGACAGUAUGCAUUCUAUAGUUGUUGCUCCAACCCUAGUGUGACAGUAUGCAUGGAACAAGAGCUGCCCCAACCCUAGUGUGACAGUAUGCAUUCUAUAGUUGUUGCUCCAACCCUAGUGUAACAGUAUGCAUGGUACAAGAGUUGCCCCAACCCUAGUGUGACAGUAUGCAUUCUAUAGUUGUUGCUCCAACCCUAGUGUGACAGUAUGCAUGGAACAAGAGUUGCCCAAACCCGAGUGUGACAGUAUGCAUUCUAUAGUUGUUGCUCCAACCCUAGUGUGACAGUAUGCAUGGUACAAGAGCUGCCCCAACCCUAGUGUGACAGUAUGCAUUCUAUAGUUGUUGCUCUAACCCUAGUGUCACAGAGAGGCUCAAUGUGGCUGCAGAAUACCAGGCAUCCAGGUAGAAGGUUAAACAAGUAUUUUGUCGAACACACUAUAACACUGCUAGGUUAUGGUGACAUGUAGUUAGACCUUGCACGUAUACAUCCUGGUAAAGCACUACAUGACGACUCACUGUGGGGGCCAUAUAUCUGCAAUCCCAUAACCUGGCCGGGUUUCCAGUAAAGUAGGGUGUAGAUUUCUGAAGUCAUGUAGGCAACUCUUUACGAGGUUUGUCCUCCAUGUACAUGGUUUUCAACAGUAGCUAAUAAUGUGACAUAAUCUCCCUCGGUGAUGGGAAUGAGGUGAUGGAUCUACAGCUUUCAUCACAUUUUUGUUGAAAUAUUUACUUUGGGGAAAGUAUUGAAGCCAUACUGUUGUUGGUGUUAAGCAAUUGAUUCCAUCAUGUUCACGUGAAGUUCCUAGACCUGUGCUGGGAAAACUCUCAUAGUUAAAAAAAAUAGAACAUUGUUAUCGUUUUUAUUUCUUUUUCUCAAAAUGAUCAUCAUAUUUUAGUGGUUCACAUGGUGAAAGAACAUAUUAAACAUGUUUAGAUUUCUGUGACUAUUCAUUUGAUAUUAUGAUUGUCCAUUGCAUUUGUUUGGAUGUUUUCUUGAUUGCCUUGGCAGUGAUUUGUUUUAGCCAUAUAUGUCAAGAAUGUUAAACCAGCACUGAUUGUACAUUUAAUGCCAAUAUGUGUCAAGCCAGUGAUUUACAAUAUAUAACUCACAUGCAUUUAAAGGGUGUCAUUUGCAACUGACGGUCAAACCUCAUCUAACUAAUAAAUAAUUUAUCUUCUUUAAAAGGAUAGAACUUUCUGUUCUGCGCAGAAUCACUGUUGUACGAUGUUUUCAUAUUGGUACUCUCCUGUCUCAAUAUCUGGAUAAGGUGAUAUUUUGUUUAUGGUCCCUCAUAAAAAAUAUUAAAACACAAUUUCAGGGUUGUCUUUCUUAUAUUGCAAAGAAUGCCAAAUAAGAUAUGUGUGGCCAAAAUGUAGUGCUCUUGGAGAAAUAAUGUCAGAACAGUUUUGAAACUUGACAUAAAGGAAGAUUGACUUGUUGCUGUUGUCCCACUGUGUGAUAUUCUCCAGGUAGUGGACCUGCUUGUUGUACCACUUGUACCUUGUUUCUGUUUUUAUGGUGUGAUAUCAGAGCAUUUUGUUUCUACCCUUCAGAAUAAAUUCUGAUUUAAUUAAA